AGAGAAGACAGGAUCAUGUGGCUGCUCCCUGCGCUGCUCCUCUUCCUCACAGGCUGCUCCACUGCUCAGGAUGCAAUCACAGGUCCAGACAUGGUGAGCGGUCAGGAGCAGGGCUCCUUGACUGUGCGGUGCCCAUAUGAUUCCUCCUGGAAGACUUACAAGAAGUACUGGUGCCGAGGAGCUGAUUGGAGCGCAUGUGAGACUCUGGUUAAAACUGAUACAUCGGAGAAGUCGGUGAAGAUGGACCGAGUGUCUAUCAGGGAUGACCAGACAGACUUCAUCGUGACAGUGACCAUGGAGGAGCUGAGGAUAAGCGACACCGGCAUUUACUGGUGUGCAAUUAGAGAGAGAACUGGAUAUGAUCCCUGUUUUAAAGUUAAUGUGACUAUUGGCCUAGUCUACCAAGACUUCCCCUCUAAGCCUCAGCUGCAGGAAGACAGCAUCUUCAUCUGGGUGGUAGAAGAGACUGAGCCUGAACCUUGGUUCCUGAUGAGCAGCUUCUACUUCAACCUCCUGGUCUUUCUGGAGCUUCCUCUGAUCCUGAGCAUGCUCAGUGCGGUCCUCUGGGUGAACAGACCUACCUCAUAGGUGCUCUGGGGCAGGUGAAGUCAGCCUGGGGAAGGUCUAGAGUUCUGAUUCUGCGAACAGAGAGAAACACCUCCCCGUAUAUAGGAAAUAAUCCCCCCCUCUUUCUUUUUCUCUCUCUGGUGUGUAUGUAUGUAUGUAUGUAUGUAUGUAUGUAUGUGUUUACACAUUGUAGUACAUAUGUGUAUGUAGAGGACAAAUUCAGGUGUCAUUCCACUAUUGUUUGAGACAUUGUCUCUCGACGGCCCGUACCUUUGCCAAGUAAGCCAGGCUAGCUAGCAGGGAACUCCAGGGACCUACCCACCUCCAUUUCCUGUCUUGCCAUCCUGAGCACACACAAGUGCCUCAGCUUUAAAACACACACACAUACACACACACACACACACACACACACACACACACACACACACUAACCACAAAAACCCCAUGGGUUGUGAUGAUUAAACUCAUGUCCUUGAAAGGAAGAUAAGUAUAUUAUCGACUGAGCCAUCUCCCAGCCUAGAAAAGAAUAUUUCUAUGAAGCAUACUAUGACUCUGGGGUACUGUGGGCUCACCCUCAGACUGCUCCCCACUCCUCCAGCAUGGACAGCUGAGGUUCUGGAACCCCUCAGGUUCUCCUUCUCUCAGAACAUCCUACUGUGCCUGCUUGAACCUUUCUUCCUCUGACGGUCUCCAGGGAAGUAGAAAAUACAAAGAAAGGUCAUGUUUCUUCUUAGGGUGCCAGUUCCUUUAGGAUACAAGUCAUCCCAAGUCUGUGGGCCACCAGCCAUGUGUUUGACCAACUAUCUGGGAAAUGCAGCCUCACCAAGCGGCAUAAAAUUUGGCAACUGUCAUAUUGAAUGUCUGUACCUUACAGAUAGAACACACUGUAUUUUCUUUAUAGUCAACACAACCAGUGACUUAGUGCAUCCCAAACACAGAUGGAGCAGUUGACUAAGUCUCUGCACCUCCUAGUGCGGUUCCCAUGGUGUAGCUCAGUCAUGGUCCCUGAAGUCUUGGUUCUCCACCCAGUGAGACCAAAUGGGGAGUUAACUGGUGAAGGCCGCUGUCCCCUCAGGAAUCACAAUCCCACACCACUCCGUUGACCCCUUUAGGGCCGGCCUCUGAGUCAGGUCAUUCAGUUUUCCUCCUGUUCCUUCAGAAGCAUCUAUUCAAUAUGUGAGUACCAGACACCGUCCAAAUACAAGUUUCCAAAUGAGAAAGACCUGGUUAAACUCCACGGAGGAGGCUGAAAGCUUCAAGGUAAAUGCUCAGAUGGAAAACAGUUGUUCCCAGCUCUCCAUCCUCAGCUGAGUGCCACGCCCACAACAUGGAGUCUUCUCAUCCUCUCAGGCUCUGAUGCCCACAACCCUAACUCACGCUUAGCACUUUGUGUGGGAAGAGACCCCGUGUUGGCAUCUUCUACUUGACGACAUGGGUUGGACCUCUAGGGAGUCUGCCUUUGUUGAGAGGAGGCUUUUCAUUUGUUUCAGGGGUAUGGCUGCUGGUCAGUUACCCAUGUUCCAGUAAUUAGCCUUCAGUUCACAUUCAGACAAGCAACCCUAACUAAAUGCAAUGGAAAACACAGACAGACACAGACAGACAGACAGACAGACAGACAGACAGACAGACAGACACACACACACACACACACACACA